GUCCGGGCUUUCCUAGUGGAGUGAACCCUACGGCGUCAUGGCGGAGGCCGGUUGUCGGAGGACCCUGAACUGAAAUGCCAGCUCUGUGUACUCGGUGCUGAACGACUGGGAGGACUCUUUCCGUACAUCUGAACCGAAGGACCGGGGACUAACUGAACUGUUGACCGGGGGAAGGAGCGGGAUUUGAGCGGUUCCACCGGGCUGAGUUGUUCGGGGCUGCGCUCCCGGACCGGGAGAGCUAGCUAGCAGCGGACGGCUAGCUGUCGGCGGAGGCUCGCCGCCUGAAUAAUAGAAGAAAGGACUCUUCCGGAGGGGAAAGCGGGUUUUAAAGCCGUCUCCGUGGAGCUUCUCCGAUUAAUCACGUGGAAGAUAAUACUACAGGCUGUUGGAGGAAGUGUGUACUGUGGGUUUCAGCAUGGCUGGACGCAGUGAGGAUGAAAGUGUGAGCAACAGCAGUGGAGAAUCCAGUAAUUCUGAUGAUGAGUCCGGUUCUGGGUCGGGUUCGGCCUCAGGGUCUGGCUCAGGCUCCAGCUCCAGCUCCUCCAGCAGCAGCAGCCAAUCAGGAAGCAGCGACUCAGGAAGCGGCUCAGACUCCGGCAGCCACUCGGAUUCAGACACAGAGAAGUCCAAGGAAAAGAUGGACCAACCAAAUAAGUCAAACAUCGACGGAGCCGAGUUCUGGAAGGCAAACCCCAGCAUCCUCGCAGUGCAGAGAUCUGCCAUGCUCAGGAAACAGCAGCUUCAGCAGCAGCAGCAGCAGCAGCAGCGGCAGAGCUCCUCCAACAGCGGAUCUGAUGAGGACUCAUCAAGCAGCGACGAAUCAGAUUCAUCAAGCGGAUCCAAAAGGAGAAAAAACUCUGGCUCCUCCGACUCGGGAUCGGGGUCGGGCUCCGGGAGCGGGUCAGGAUCCGACUCAUCAGCGGAGGACAACAGCGACGAGACGGCGUCGGACUACGAGCCGAGUCACAAAAUCAAAAGCAGAAAACCUCCAACCAAGAUGAAUUUCCGUAAUGGAAAGAAAAGCAGCGUGCCGAAAAAGAAGAGCCAGAAAUGUUCGUCCUCAGACGACGAUGACGAGAACUACAAGAAGGUGGCGUCUGCCGGGCCUCGGCGGCAGGCCACCGUCAACAUCAGCUACAAGGAGGACGAAGAGCUGAAGACGGACUCGGACGACCUGGUGGAGGUUCUGGGGGAAGACGUGCCGCAGCCCGAGGAGGACGAGUUCGAGACCCUGGAGCGAGUGAUGGAAGGCCGGAUAGGAAGGAAGAGAGCAACUGGAAGUGUGACGACGGUGUACGCCAUCGAAGCAGACGGAGACCCCAACGCCAACUUCAACCCCAACAAGGAGGCCGGAGAGGUCCAGUAUCUGAUCAAGUGGAAGAACUGGGCCCACAUCCACAACACGUGGGAGACGGAGGAGACGCUCAAGCUCCAGAACGUCAAGGGCAUGAAGAAGCUGGACAACUUCAAGAAGAAGGAACAGGAGCGGAAGAAAUGGCUAAAGGCAGCGUCACCAGAAGACAUAGAAUACUUCAACUGUCAGGAGGAGCUGAUGGACGACCUGCACUCUCAGUACCAGCUGGUGGAGCGGAUCAUAGGGCAUUCGAACCAGAAGUCGGCGGCGGGCUUCCCGGACUACCUGUGCAAGUGGCAGGGCUUGCCGUACUCGGAGUGCAGCUGGGAGGACGGCGCCCUGAUCGCCAAGAAGUUCCAGAAGUGCAUCGACGACUACAUGAGCCGGAACCAGUCCAAGACCAUUCCCUUCAGAGAAUGCAAGGUGCUGAAGCAGAGGCCCCGGUUCGUGCCCAUGAAGAAGCAGCCGUCGUACAUCGGCCACGACGGGCUGGAGCUCCGAGACUACCAGCUGGACAGUCUGAACUGGAUGGCCCACUCCUGGUGCAAAGGCAACAGCUGCAUCCUGGCGGACGAGAUGGGUCUGGGGAAGACCAUCCAGACCAUCUCCUUCCUCAACUACCUGUUCCACGAGCACCAGCUGUACGGGCCCUUCCUGCUGGUGGUCCCCCUGUCCACGCUCACCUCCUGGCAGAGGGAGAUCCAGCUGUGGGCGCCCCAGAUGAACGUGGUGGUCUACCUGGGAGACAUCAGCAGCAGGAACAUGAUCAGAACUCACGAGUGGAUGCACGCCCACAGCAAGAGGCUGAAAUUCAACAUCCUGCUCACCACGUACGAGAUCCUGCUCAAAGACAAGUCCUUUCUGGGCAACGUGAACUGGGCCUUCAUCGGCGUGGACGAGGCCCAUCGGCUCAAAAACGACGACUCGCUCCUCUACAAGACCAUGAUCGACUUCAAGUCCAACCACAGGCUGCUGAUCACGGGAACGCCGCUGCAGAACUCUCUGAAGGAGCUGUGGUCGCUGCUGCACUUCAUCAUGCCAGAGAAGUUUCACUCCUGGGAGCUGUUCGAGGAGGAGCACGGGAAAGGCCGGGACUCGGGUUACACCAGCCUGCACAAAGAGCUGGAGCCGUUCCUGCUGCGCAGAGUCAAGAAGGACGUGGAGAAGUCGCUCCCGGCCAAGGUGGAGCAGAUCCUCCGGGUGGAGAUGAGCGCCAUCCAGAAACAGUAUUACAAAUGGAUCCUGACCAGAAACUACAAAGCUCUGAGCAAAGGUACCAAAGGCAGCACGUCGGGCUUCCUCAACAUCAUGAUGGAGCUGAAGAAGUGCUGUAACCACUGCUAUCUCAUCAAGCCUCCGGAGGACAACGAGUUCCUCAACCGGGCCGAAGCGCUGCAGCAACUGAUCCGCAGCAGUGGGAAGCUGGUGCUGCUGGACAAGCUGCUGGUGCGUCUGAAGGAGCGAGGCCACCGGGUGCUCAUCUUCUCCCAGAUGGUCCGGAUGCUGGAUAUCCUGGCCGACUACCUGAAGAGCCGGCAGUUCCUGUUCCAGAGGCUGGACGGCUCCAUCAAAGGGGAGAUGAGGAAGCAGGCGCUGGAUCAUUUUAACGCCGAGGGCUCGGAGGACUUCUGCUUCCUGCUGUCGACGCGGGCCGGCGGCCUGGGAAUCAACCUGGCGUCGGCCGACACGGUGGUGAUCUUCGACUCGGACUGGAACCCCCAGAACGACCUGCAGGCCCAGGCCAGGGCGCACAGGAUCGGCCAGAAGAGACAGGUGAACAUCUACCGCCUGGUGACCAAGGGCUCGGUGGAGGAGGACAUCAUCGAGAGGGCCAAGAAGAAGAUGGUGCUGGACCACCUGGUCAUCCAGAGGAUGGACACCACGGGGAAAACCGUCCUGCACACCGGGGCGGCUCCGUCCAGCUCUGCGCCGUUCAACAAAGAGGAGCUCUCUGCCAUCCUGAAGUUUGGCGCCGAGGAGCUCUUCAAGGAGCCGGAGGGAGAAGAGCAGGAGCCUCAGGAAAUGGACAUCGACGAGAUCCUGAAAAGAGCUGAAACCAGGGAGAACGACCCCGGACCCUCCACGGUGGGAGAGGAGCUGCUGUCGCAGUUUAAGGUGGCCAACUUCACCAUGAUGGAGGACGAAGACAUCGACAUCGACUCGGAGCGGAGCCAGCGCAGCUGGGACGACAUCAUUCCCGAGGAGCAGCGGCGGAGGAUGGAGGAGGAGGAGCGGCAGAAGGAGCUGGAGGAGAUCUACAUGCUGCCCCGCAUGAGGAACUGCGCCAAGCAGAUCAGCUUCAACGCCAGCGAGGGCCGCCUCAGCAGGAGCAGGAGGUACUCCGGCUCCGACAGCGACUCGCCCUCAGACCGGAAGAGGCCGAAGAAGCGGGGACGGCCUCGGACCAUUCCACGAGAGAACAUUAAAGGAUUCAGUGACGCUGAGAUCCGACGGUUUGUCAAGAGCUACAAAAAGUUUGGGGGACCACUGGAGAGGCUGGACGCUAUAGCUCGGGACGCGGAGCUGGUGGACAAAUCCGAGCACGACCUGAAACGUUUGGCAGAGACGGUUCACAACGGCUGUGUGAGAACGUUACGGGAGAACCCCUGCGGGCCGGAGAAGACUUCAGGGGGCAGGAGAGGGAAGGUGAAAGGUCCCACCUUCAGGAUCUCCGGGGUCCAGGUCAACGCCAAGCUCGUCAUCUCCCACGAAGAGGAGCUGGCGCCGCUCCACAAGGCCAUUCCCGCCGACCCCGAGGAGAGGAAGAAGUAUAUGAUUCCGUGCCACUCGAAGGCGGCCCACUUCGACAUCGAGUGGGGGAAGGAGGACGACUCCAGCCUGCUGAUAGGAAUCUACGAGUACGGCUACGGCAGCUGGGAGAUGAUCAAGAUGGAUCCAGACCUCAACCUCACUCACAAGCUUCUACCGGACGACCCCGAUAAGAAGCCGCAGGCCAAGCAGCUGCAGACCCGAGCAGACUACCUCAUCAAGCUACUGAGCAAAGACCUGGCCAAGAAGGAGGCUCAGAAACUGGCCGGCGGCGCCAACUCACGAAAGAGGAAACCCCGAAACAAGAAAAGCAAAACUGUGAAGCCUCCCAAGAUGGACGAGGUGAUGAAGAGCCCGUCCUCCGACCUGCAGUCCGACAAGAGGUCGGACGACGAGGACGAGAUGGAGGAGGAGAAGGAAACGGCGCCGGCCAAGACUCCGAGCAGACGAGGCCGAGCCGACCGGCCGGCGCUGAAGGAGGAGGAGGACGACGAAGACGACGACUACAACGACGAGGACGAGGAGGAGGAGGAGGAGCCCGAGCAGGAGGAGCUGUCUUCGGCCGGCGAGAGGGAGCCCAAAGAAAAAGAGAUCAAGAAGGAUGGAAAGAAGGAGAAGAAGGAGGAGAGCUUCGACCUGAAAGAGACGAAGGAGCCGAAGGAGAAGAAGGAGGCGAAGCCGCUGGAGGCCGUCCAUAAACAGGAGGACAGCCUGGACAAGCAGAACGACGUCAAGCCCGAAGCCCGGGAGCGGGCCAAGAAGCCGUCCGACGGGCCGCUUCACAUCACGGCCAGCGGCGAGCCCGUCCCCGUGUCCGAGGAGUCCGAGGAGCUGGACCAGAGGACCUUCAGCGUGUGCAAGGAGAGGAUGCGUCCCGUGAAGGCCGCCCUGAAGCAGCUGGACCGGCCGGAGAAGGGCCUGUCGGAGCGGGAGCAGCUGGAACACACCCGGCAGUGUCUCAUCAAGAUCGGGGACCACAUCACCGAGUGCCUGAAGGAGUACUCCAACCCCGACCAGAUCAAGCAGUGGAGGAAAAACCUGUGGAUAUUUGUUUCCAAGUUCACCGAGUUCGACGCCAGGAAACUCCAUAAACUUUAUAAGCACGCAAUCAAGAAGAGGCAGGAGAACGCUCAGGCCUUGGAGCAGAACACUAGAAGUCUGAACGCCCACAGCUACAAACAUGCAGACAUCGAGCGCCUGAAGGACAACUGUCACCAGGACGAGAGCAGCCGGGACAGCUACAGCUCGGACCGGCACCCGCCCUCGGGCCGGUACCACGACGGCGGCGGCGCCAAGGAGCGGCCCAGCUCCGAGCCCCACAGGAAGACCGCCGGAGGGGAGUCCAGGAAGAGACCCUACUCCUCCUUCAGCAACGGCAAAGACCACCGAGACCGAGACCACUACAGGCCGGACAGCAGAGACCGGGACCGGGACCGGGACAGGGACCGAGACCGGGAUCGGGACAGGGACCGGGACCGAGACAGAGACCGGGACCGGGACCGAUACUACAACGACAGUAAGCACAGGAAGCUGGAGGACUACCGCGGCGGCAGCAGAGACCACCGCCCGGACCUGAAGGACCACUCCCACGCGGAGCACCGCUCCUCGUACCGUUACCACUCGGACUGGCAGGCGGAGCAGCGGGCGUCGGCCAGCGGGCCGCGCUCGCCGCGGGACCAGCGCUCGCCCUACGACUCGCGCUCGCCCAUGGGGCACCGCUCGCCCUUCGACUACUCGUCGGACCACAAGAGCACACCGGAGCAGAUCUGGAGCAGCCGCAAGACAUAGCAGGAGCUGCCGGGUCUGCGGUAGCAGCCAUAGACUCACCACACAGCAGAGGCCUUACAGGACUGCCUGUCGGAGGAAACCAAUCAGAGCUUAUUUUUCUAUUUAAGAGCCGUCGGCUGCCGCCGCCGCCGCCGCCGCCGCGGGGCCGUGUCGGCUCGGCGCCGCGCAGCACAAGGUCUUUUCUUAUUUUUGUAAAACUUUUUUUUUGUUUUUUUUUUUUUAAACUCUGGAAAUGGACACGUUGACCCUGAGUGCUGCCUCACAUGACACUGGAUGUGUGUGUGUCUGUCUGUCCGUCUGCGUGCGCGCGCGUGUGUGUGUGUGUGUGUGUGUCGCCAUCAUGCUUCCUGUGACGACCUUAUUUAAGUGUUAGUUGAGUGAGACGGCGGCGACCCCGCCGGCCGCACCGCGAUCGAACCGGGCCCCCGCCUGGAGUACCUCAUAUACAGCAUUUCUCAUGUCUCAGCAGGUUUUCCUUUGUUCCGCCAGGUGUGAAUUAUUUAAUAACAUAUCUUAGCUGUACAAAAUGGUCAUGUGGAAUUUUUCAGAGCAUCUUGUAUCAUGUUGUUUCUUAAAUAAGACUGUACAUUUUUUUUGUAAAAUAGUAAAAGGUGGUCUUUUUCCUCAGGCUUUUGGAUUUAUUCGGACUCUCCUUUCCCAUCGACUCAGGCUUUUUGUCGUUCUCCCAGCGAGCUUCUGUAUCAUGGGUCUUCAGAAUGUAACUUUUGGUAAAGGGAAAGGUCUCGCUGAACUCUCUAAGUCCUUAGUUUUUUUUUUUCUGGGCGCGUUUGGAUCCGGAGCCGCCCGGCCUCGCCUCGCCGCCGGGCUCGGUCCCGGCAGCGGGCCGCCGUCUCUCAGUAGAAGCAGCUGGUAGAUCUUAAACCAACUAGACUUUGUUUCUUUGAUUUUUUUUUUUCUACGUAGGCAAUAAUAAUAAUAAUGUCAAUGUUUCUAUGCAGCCAAGUGUGUGUGGAACCAGCCAACUGAAUGAAGUCGCUGUUCUGGUUCUCACUGUUGUACAUAGAUUCCCUCUAUAUUUCCAAAUGAAUUUACACUGAAAGUGCAUGGAUUUUUAUGAGCUGUUUUAUAUAGUUGUUUAUGAAGCCAUUAAAAAUCAAUCACUGUACUCACCCGUACAAACCUUCUUCA